CGGCUACAGCUAUCCAGCCAAUCUGACUUCACCCACAUCGCGUCUUGAGGCGUGUACGUGUGUGUUUCAGCGGACUUCUCUCAGUGGGGAGAGACAUCGGGUUGCUGGGUGACAGGCUGCAACGCCGGAGCAGGUGACCGAGCCUGCGGAGCCGACAGGCCGGUGGAGGAGCCGACGAGCUGCCGGGAGGUUGGAAAUGUUGUGAAAACAUGACCGCUCCAUACAGAGAUGUGGACAGUGUUCAUGUUUCUCACCCUGGGGGGUCUGUACUUCACAGUCUCCUCCUCUCCUCCCAGCCCCAUCAAUGCCAUCUUCUUCUCUGUGAAUCUGAGGAAUAUGCUGCAGUGGAACCCAGGAAAUGGCACACCGGAUGACACACACUUCACGGUGCAGUACGCCAUCUACGGGGACAGUGUUCAGGACAGCAAAGGAAGACGGGUGAACUGGAGGGCGGUGCGGCGGUGCACAGAAAUAGCACGGAGCUGGUGCGAUCUGAGCAAUGAGACGUGGGAUCUGGAGCAGGGAUACUAUGCCAGGGUUCGUGCUGUGAGCAGGAGAGCGGCUUCCAAAUGGGUGUUGACACGGAGAUUUGAUCCAAAGUCGGACACUAGUUUUGGCCCUCCAUUGGUUUCUGUGGAAAUAGAGAACAAUGCUGCCAUCAUCACCUUGAAAGGACCAAUGAUAUAUCAGCCUAACAACCAAACCCCAGUGGUUUCCAUGGCAACACUCUACCCCCAGAUGACAUACAACCUUUCCAUCAACAACAUCCGUGAUGGGCAGAUGAGCCAUUUCCCAGUCGUCUCAAGUCCGUACAAAUAUCGCCUGAUGGAGUACGAUACAGAGUACUGCUUCUCCGCCAAGACAAAAUUCCACUCCAUGCCUGUCCACUGUCAGUCCUCAGCGUGGCAUUGCAUAACCACGCCUCCAGACCCGGUGACUGGCCAGCUGCAGAGGGUGGUUGUGGGCAUUGCUGUUCCAUCUGUGUGCAUGUGUAUACUGGUGGUGGUUGGCUACCUUCUGUAUCACUACCUGACAGGGAAAGGACAGAAGACCCCAUACAUACUGAACCUGCCUUCUUUCAAACCGCCCCCUCUGAUGUUCCCUCGUGAGAAUCUCAACUUCAUCCUUAUCACCGUCAUCCAGCCAUCAGACAUCGAAAGAGACAUAUCAGAACCCGCAUGCCCCGAGCAGCAGCAAUGCACCGCAGAUCCUCCGCCAGGACACGCCCCCCAGAGGUCCGAAACACCCCCAGCGCCCGAUGAAAGCUGGGAUGAUGUAUCCAUUGACUAUGGGUUUGUUGGCAUGGCUCCGAAAAUCAAUGUCACAGAAGACGAGAAAGAAAGAGAGAGAAAACAUGGGGGGGGUGGUGGGAAUUAUAAAGAUGAAGAGCAGAAAUGCGUAUCAGGAGACGGUUACAAGAGAAAAGAGUGGAGAGUGGAUGGAUGCUUUGCUGGAGUUUACGCUCCCCAGGCAAAUCAUAAUCAGGAUAAAGAGUGUCCGGGUUUAUUUAGAAACAGUACCCCACAAUUUGGCCUCUUCCAUAUUCCUUUAAAUCUACAGUCAAAGAAGGAGGGAGGAAUGGGGGUAGAGAUGGACAGAAAGGUGAGAGUUAGAGCAGGUGGAAAAAUAGAUGGAGGUGUGGGAGAAGAAGGAGAGAGUGAAAGAGUACCCCUUUUUUCUUAUGCCUCUCAGAAUAUCAAAGACAUGUCCAUCUUCCACGCUGACCAAUCAGAUUCCUUACUAAAUGACUAUGGCGUUCUGAGACCGGCAACAGAGGACGAAAUAGAUGAGGAGGAAGAGGAGGAAACUAGUUGUAUUGACUGGGAUCCCAUGACCAGGAAACUAGUGCUGCCAGAGUUUGCCAUGGAGUUCACCAAUGAGGGAAGCUUGGAUGAGUUGAUGCAUGGGGAGAAAGGGAGGGAGAACAGGGUGGGAGGAGAGAAGGAUAAGGUGAAUGCAAUGAAGGACAAGCUGACGUUGGAGAGUGUGUAUGUCAGGGAAGCAUCUGAGGAAGAAGCAGAGGCAGAGGCAGGGAUGGAAAAAGGUGGGGAAAGGCAGUGGGAGGCAGAUGAUAUUUUGACCAAAUGGAACUUGGUAAUCUCAAUGGAGCAGUAGAUGAUAUUCAUCAAUAUAUUUACCCCAUUGUUUCAAAAAAGGCUCUUGUUCUGCACUUAUGAUGUACAGUAAGAUUUAACAUCAAGAUAAAAAGAAAUCAUUAAUGUAUAUUUUUUUAAAAUACAUAUUGAAAUAUCAAAUUCUAAGGAGCACUUAGUACUGUAGUAGGGUUAGUUUUACACCUGUGAAUGUUGCCGGUUUAUUAUUGUCAUUAUAAUGAUUUAAGUUUUAUCUGAUAACACAUCACACAAAUUAAGCAGUGAUCAACUCUAAAGGAAAUUAUAUUGCGCCUUAAAUUUGGGCAAAAUGUCCAUUAGCUUUAGGUACAUUUAUCAAUGUAUUCUGCGUUAAUUUGUGCUUGACAUGAAGGUAGAUCCUCUUAAAGAUAACCUGUAGCAAAGUAUUCUUCCUGAUUAAAUGCUGUGUUGGUGUGAACCGUGUACACCUUGGUCAACACCGUGUCGGAUCUUAUCACAACAAGGCGCUCAUCGACUGUUCUGUUCUGUCUGAUACACGAUUUUCCAAAACCAUCAUCAAAAUACCAAAUUAUAGAUUUUUUGUGGACAGACUGGAAAAGAGUACAAAAACUCUUAUAAGGAAACUUAACUUUGUUUUUCUUUUUCUUUUGCAGUAUGUUUUUUUAAUAUUUUACGUGUAGAGAUGUUGUGUGUAGUUUUGGUUUAGUCUGCCUCUGUUUUAGUUCUAAGUGAAGCACUUUUUGUUGAGAGACCUCAGGACAGUGUUUAUUUGUAUGUUGUUGGUAAAUUGGGCCGAAUCAUUGAAGCACUGGGUAUAAUGGAAUUAAUCCUUCAUUUCCUAAAACAAUGCUCAAUAUAUUAUAUGAAGGAAAUGCUGGUGCACUUUGCUCUUCAUCCUUUUUCUAUUCAGUCUAGAGAUUUUAUAAAUAAUGAAGCUGCCUAACCUACAGCAUAUGUCAAUAUUACGUGUGCCUUUGUUGUUUUUUUGCGGUGAGACGUUCAGAGGUUUGUCAGGAUACUUUACUUUUUUAUCUAGUUGUGAGACCUUGUUAUUUGCUACUGUCUCUUCUGCAUUCUAUAAUAUUUUCGUUUGUUACUCUAAGGAAUGCUACAUAUAUCAUGUUUUGUUCGAUAAUGCAGGAAAUCAUUACACUCUUUUAUUAUUGUUGUUCCUCUUUCUAGUUCUCGUUGCGUGAAGUCAUUACUACUCAUCAUGUAAUAUGAAGGAUUUGAUGAUAUAAUGAAUCAACACAACAGUCAACAGCAUUGUGCUUUCUUGUGAUCUCACGUUGGUCAUUUCUGGCAGUGAAUUACGGUAAAAUCUGUUCCUGUCACUAACCUCCAUGUAUCCAAAACCACAGUAUGCAGGUAUUAUGAAAGUUUACAGAUACAUUUAGUUUCACAUUCACACAACUCAGGUUUUCUGCAAUGUGAUGAUAAGUAUGAUGCUGUGCAUGAAGUCGUAUCCAUUUUACUGAUGGUUUUAUUCUGGGAAAGAAGUCAGUGAUACUUUUGUUAUAGUUUUGUAUGUUACAAGAAUGAUUGUAUAUUGAAAAUAAAUAAUGAUAAAUUGAA